AUGUUGUUUUAUUCAUAUUUUAUAAGUAAGUCUUUUUUUAUAAAGGAAUAUUAUUUGAGAACGAAAUUACACGGUUUAGGAAAAAUUAAUUAUGAGAGAUGCGUGUAUUAUCAUAUAACAAAACAGGCCUUAUAUAUUUUUUUAGAAAAUAAAUAUGUGCGAUAUGUGAGUAAUAAUACGUAUGAGAGGGUUCCUAAAAAGGAGGUAACUGCGUAUAAAUCCAUUGAAAGGGUUGAACCGAAAGAGGUACAACAACAUCAGCAGAGGCAGGAACAGGAACAGGAACACAUUAUAAAACAAUCGGGAAUAACAAAAAAGGAAACAAACAAAUCGGGAAUACUCAAAGGGGAAGAAGUGAGGUCUAGUAAGGGUAAAAACGAUGAAAUGACUUUAGAAGAUAUCAAAUCGAGGGUUAAGGAAAGGAUAGUGCCUACAUGUAUUGAAGUAGAUAAAGUAUGCAAUAUAAUGAACAAAGAAGGAAGUAUAAACUCAAUUAUUUACAAAAAGAAUUAUCCUUAUUAUAACAUAGAUCCAUCGGUUAAAACAAAAAAAAUUCAAAUAUAUUAUAAUUGUGAAAUGUUUGAUAUGGAUAGAAAAAUUAAUAAAAUAAAAAAGUUUUUAUUAAAUGGUAGCCCAGUCGACAUUCUCUUAAUUUAUAACAGUGAUGCCACUAUUAGAAAAAAACUUAACAAAAAAAAUAAGUAUAGGGAAGAUGAGAACAAAAAAAAGCAUAGAAAUUUUUCAAAUUUUCAAACAAGUAAUAAAAUUACAAAAUUUACAGAAUCGCAAAAAUUAAAAGACACCAAGUACUCUUUACAUAUAUACUUCAAAAUAAACUUGAUAUUAAAUCACAUAAAAAAAAUUUCAAAAGUAGACGAAAUAUUCAGGCAUAUCCAAAACAGUAACAAUAUUAUUCUAAUAAAAGCCUAUCCUAAGUAA